AUGGCUCCCAUCACGGCAAUCCCCAACGAACUGCUAAUUCUGGUCUUCACACAUUGCCCAGACAUCUUCACUGCGGCAAAAUUGUCCCAAGCGAGCAAAGCGUUGCGAAAUGUCUGGCUGGAGAAUGUCGAAGUCAUCACAAGAGAGAUUCUUGAGCCGGAGAUUCCUGCGUAUGAUGAUGCCAUGGAGCUGGCAAGGUAUGAGAGUGGCAAAGAAGCUUCUUUCGUGCAACGCAUUCCGCGACUUCUUCGAAAUGCGGAAAUGGCUCGAAGCGUGGCCAAACUAUGGGCAGCGGAUGUUCAGGACUCACCUUAUGAGGCUGAAGAAGAUUCCGAGAGUGCUACGCCAACACCUACGUCGUACUAUACGAUCCGACGAUUAGCCCAAUCUCAUGGCGACAAAGAAUUACAGCGUACGAUGUCAUCUAUAAUGGAUGCGGCAUCUCGCACGGAGGCAUGGAUGAAUUACCAGCUUUGCUGCUUCAUGUGCAUGUUCAUGAAAGACGAUGAACAAAUUCGACACGGCAUCCUAAAAGAUGAAUCACUUUUGACUUGGUAUGAGAAAGAAGAGGGAGGUGUGAUCACCGAUGAGUGGGACUUUGCUUCAACAGUAGCGGAGCUUGUGAUGCGCGAGAAGCAAUUUCCACGGUAUAGCUCGGCGCUCGAUCCAUGUCCGUGGUCAUUCGGCCAUGUGUGCUGCGGAAGAGACUGCAGGCGUGGUGAGACUUGGCCUGGUAAUACUCGACCAGCUUCAGAAUGA